AUGGAGGCCCUCCGCGUCAACCCAGCCCAUUCCCCACUUCUCCGGUCACAAGGCCUUCAGUCUCACCUCCCCAAUGGGCCCCAGAAGCUCAGCACCCGCCGUCCGAUCAAGCCCUUCGUUUCGGCCACGCUUUCCCGACCGACCGCCAAUGUUUCCGCCGAACCGUCCACCUCCUCUGCUUCCUUCGAGACCAGAACGACGCCGUCUCCGCCUCCCAACCGGGUCUCGGCCGAUUCGCUCCAGUACCCGCCCGGCUUCCUCGGAGCCGUACCCGACCGUACUGCCACCGACGGAAACGACAACGGGAACAUUGUCGACGCCAUGGAGUACUUGACGAACAUACUGUCGUCGAAGGUGUAUGACGUGGCCAUCGAAUCACCUUUAGAAUUGGCUACGAAGCUGUCGGAGCGAUUGGGAGUGAGAGUUUGGAUGAAAAGAGAGGACUUGCAGCCUGUCUUCUCGUUCAAGCUUCGGGGAGCUUACAACAUGAUGGCAAAGCUUCCAAGGGAGCAACUGGAUCGAGGGGUUAUUUGCUCCUCAGCUGGAAACCAUGCCCAAGGAGUUGCCUUGGCUGCUAGGAAGUUGAAUUGCAGUGCUGUGAUUGCAAUGCCUUGGAAAUCUGUUGAGAGAUUGGGUGCCACGGUUGUUCUUAUAGGGGAUUCAUAUGAUGAGGCUCAAACUUAUGCUAAGAAGCGGGCUCAAGAGGAGGGAAGGAGCUUCAUACCUCCUUUUGAUCACCCAGAUGUUAUUAUCGGACAAGGAACGGUUGGGAUGGAAAUUAUGCGUCAAACAAAGGGCCCAUUGCAUGCAAUUUUUGUUCCUGUUGGAGGUGGUGGCCUCAUAGCUGGUAUUGCUGCAUAUGUAAAGAGGGUUUCUCCAAAGGUAAAGAUUAUUGGUGUGGAGCCCUCUGAUGCAAAUGCAAUGGCCUUGUCGCUGCAUCAUGGUCAGAGAAUAAUGUUGGACCAGGUUGGAGGUUUUGCAGACGGUGUGGCUGUGAAAGAGGUUGGUGAAGAAACCUUCCGCUUAUGCAAGGACAUGGUAGAUGGUGUAGUUCUUGUUAGCCGUGAUGCUAUAUGUGGCUCAAUAAAGGAUAUGUUUGAAGAGACUAGGAGCAUUUUAGAACCAGCAGGCGCUCUUUCUCUUGCUGGAGCUGAAGCAUACUGCAAGUAUUAUGGUCUUAAAGGAGAAAAUGUUGUUGCAAUAACCAGUGGGGCAAAUAUGAACUUUGAUAAACUGAGAGUGGUGACUGAACUUGCUAAUGUUGGUCGGCAACAAGAGGCUGUACUCGCAACUAUUAUGCCAGAGGAGCCUGGGAGCUUUAAACAUUAUUGUGAACUGGUGGGCCCAAUGAAUAUCAGUGAAUUUAAAUACAGAUGUAAUUCUGAUAAACAGGCUGUAGUAUUGUACAGUGUUGGUGUGCACACAGCUUCUGAACUUAAAGAAAUGCAAGAGCGCCUGGAGUCUUGUCAACUCAAGACAUACAAUCUCACAAAAAGUGACUUGGUUAAAGAUCACUUGCGCUACUUGAUGGGAGGCAGAUCAAAUGUUCAAAACGAGGUUCUUUGUCACUUUGUCUUCCCAGAAAGACCUGGUGCUCUAAUGAAGUUCUUGGACGCGUUCAGUCCACGUUGGAAUAUUAGUUUGUUCCACUACCGUGCACAGGGUGAAACUGGGGCAAAUGUGUUGGUUGGAAUCCAAGUUGCCCGGGGCGAUAUUGAUGAAUUUCAAGCUCGUGCAAGUUCUCUUGGAUAUGACUAUGCAGUGGUGACCGACGACGAUGAGUUCAAUCUUUUAAUGCAUUGA